UCUAGGGCUUCCAAUAACAACUGCGGACGUCUUAUUUGUAAUCAGAGAAGCCUGGCAACAGAAAACUUUUUUUUUCUGGAUUUACGAGAACCGAGCUGAAGUGGAAAAUGUUAUUUGCUUUAACGAAACAAUUUGUUCUUGUGCAACAUUAAAUUGUGUCAAUCAAGCAAAUAAAAGGAGAAAGCCUUAUUUAUAAAAUUGCCUGCUUCUGAUUUCAUUUCAAUGCUUCUCAGGCUACAAGAAGAUAAAAAAUGAAGAUUUUGUUGCUUGGCACUUUUCUACUCUAUAGUUCAGUCUGGGCUAAAGAGAAGCAUUAUUACAUUGGAAUUAUUGAAACAAACUGGAACUAUGCUUCUGAUAAUGGGGAAAAGAAGCUUAUUUCCGUUGACACAGAACAUUCCGACACCUAUCUUAAAAACGGCCCAGAUAGAAUUGGAAGUGUAUACAAGAAAGCCAUUUAUCUUCAGUACACAGAUGAAUCAUUCAAGACUACGAUAGAAAAACCUGGCUGGCUGGGGUUUUUAGGUCCUAUUAUCAAAGCUGAAAUUGGAGAUAAAGUUUAUGUACAUUUAAAAAACUUUGCUUCUAGGCCUUAUACUUUUCAUCCACAUGGAAUAACUUACUAUAAAGAACAUGAGGGAGCUCUCUACCCUGAUAACACCACAGAUUUUCAAAAGUUAGAUGACAAAGUAAAUCCAGGUGAGGCAUAUACAUACAUACUGCACGCCAACCAGGAACAAAGUCCAGGUGAGGAAGAUGGCAACUGUGUGACCAGGAUUUACCAUUCCCACAUUGAUGCUCCAAAGGAUAUCGCCUCAGGACUCAUUGGACCUUUAAUAAUCUGUAAAAAAGGUAUCCUGGAUAAAGAAAAAGAAAAAAAUAUUGACCAAGAAUUCGUGAUGAUGUUUUCUGUGGUGGAUGAAAAUUUCAGCUGGUACCUAGACGACAACAUUAAAAGCUUCACAGAACCAGAGAAAGUUGACAAAGACAAUGAAGAUUUCCUGGAGAGUAACAGAAUGUAUUCUGUGAAUGGAUACAGUUUUGGAAGUCUCCCAGGACUCUCCAUGUGUGCGGGGGACAGAGUGAAGUGGUAUCUUUUUGGUAUGGGUAAUGAAGUUGACAUACACUCAGCUUUCUUCCAUGGACAAACGUUGACUAACAAGAACUACCGUGUUGAAACAAUCAAUCUCUUUCCUGCCACCCUUGUUGAUGCUUUUAUGGUAGCUCAGAAUCCUGGAGAAUGGAUGCUUAGCUGUCAAAAUCUAAACCAUCUGAAAGCUGGCUUGCAGGCCUUUUUCAAGGUCCAAGACUGUAACAAACCUUCUUCAGAGGACAAUAUCCAAGGGAAACAUGUUAGACACUAUUACAUUGCUGCUGAAGAAAUCAUCUGGAACUAUGCACCCUCUGGCUUAGACACCUACACCCAAGAGAACUUAACAGCACCUGGAAGUGCUUCAGAGGUAUUUUUUGAACAAGGUCCUGCAAGAAUUGGAGGUUCUUAUAAAAAGCUGGUUUAUCGUGAAUACACAGAUGCUUCCUUCACAAAUCGAAAAGAGAGAGGCCCUGAGGAGGAACAUCUUGGCAUCCUUGGUCCUGUUAUCUGGGCAGAGGUAGGAGACACCAUUAGAGUCACCUUUCAUAACAAAGGAGGACAUCCCCUCAGUAUUGAGCCUGUUGGAGUGAGAAUCAAUAAGGCCAACGAAGGCACGUACUAUGCUUCACAUUCAAGCCCCACAAGCAAAAAUGUGCUUCCUUCAGCUUCCCAUGUGGCACCCAAAGAAACAUUCACCUAUGAAUGGACUGUACCCAAGGAAGUGGGACCCACUUACAAAGACCCUGCCUGUUUAUCUAAGAUGUAUUAUUCUGCUGUGGAUCCCACCAAAGAUAUAUUCACAGGGCUUAUUGGGCCAAUGAAAAUAUGCAAGGAGGGAAGUUUACAUGCAAAUGGGAGACAGAGAGAUGUAGACAGGGAGUUCUAUUUAUUUCCUGCAGUGUUUGAUGAGAAUGAGAGUUUACUUCUAGAUGAUAAUAUUAGAAUGUUUACAACUGACCCUGAUCAUGUGAAUAAGGAAGAUGAAGACUUUCAGGAAUCUAACAAGAUGCACUCCAUGAAUGGAUUCAUGUAUGGAAAUCAACCUGGUCUCAACAUGUGCAAAGGAGAUUCUGUCGUGUGGUACCUUUUCAGUGCUGGAAAUGAGGCCGAUAUACAUGGGAUUUACUUUUCAGGACAUACAUAUUUGUCAAGAGGAGAAAGGAGAGACACAGCAAAUCUCUUCCCUCAAACAAGCCUUACACUCUUCAUGCAGCCUGAUACUGAAGGGACCUAUGACCUCGAGUGCCUCACAACUGACCACUAUACAGGUGGCAUGAAGCAAAAAUACACUGUGAAUCCAUGCAGGCAACUGUCUGAGGCUUCAAAAUCCUACCACCACGAGAGGACGUACUACAUUGCUUCCGUAGAGGUGGAAUGGGAUUAUUCUCCAAGCAGGGAUUGGGAAAAGGAGUUACAUCACUUACAAGAGCAAAAUGUUUCAAAUGUAUUUUUAGAUAAGGAAGAAUUUUACAUUGGUUCAAAGUACAAGAAGGUUGUGUAUCGGCAAUACACUGAUAGCACAUUCAGUGUUCCAAUGGAGAGAAAAGCUGAAGAAGAACAUCUGGGAAUUCUAGGUCCACAACUUCAUGCGAACGUUGGAGACCAAGUAAAAAUUAUCUUUAAAAACAUGGCCACAAGACCCUACUCAAUUCAUGCCCAUGGGGUGAAAACGGACAGUUCCACAGUCGCUCCAACUUUGCCAGGUGAAACUCACACUUACAUAUGGAAAAUCCCAGAAAGAUCUGGAGCUGGAACGGAGGACUCUGCUUGCAUACCAUGGGCUUACUAUUCAACUGUGGACCGAGUGAAGGAUCUCUAUAGUGGAUUAAUUGGCCCACUGAUUGUUUGUCGGAAACAUUACAUGAAAGUUUACAAUCCCAUAAAGAAACUGGAAUUUUCCCUUCUGUUUUUAGUUUUUGAUGAGAAUGAAUCUUGGUACUUAGAUGACAACAUCAAAACAUAUUCUGAUCACCCUGAGAAAGUAAACAAAGAUGAUGAAGAAUUCAUAGAAAGCAAUAAAAUGCAUGCUAUUAAUGGAAGAGUUUUUGGGAAUCUACAAGGCCUCACAAUGCACGUGGGUGAUCAAGUCAACUGGUAUCUGAUGGGAAUGGGCAAUGAAGUAGACUUGCACACUGUACAUUUCCAUGGCCAUACCUUCAAUUACCAGCACAUGGGCGUUUAUAGUUCUGAUGUUUUUGACAUUUUCCCUGGGACAUUCCAAACCAUACAAAUGUUCCCGAGAGAACCUGGAAUCUGGUUACUCCACUGUCAUGUGACCGACCACAUUCAUGCUGGAAUGGAAACUACUUACAGUGUUCUGCCUAGUAAAGAGAGAGACACCAAGUCUGGCUGAAAGAAAUAAAUUGGGAUAAGUUGGAAAAAAAAAAAAGAAAAAACUGAAUCAUAACAAUGUGUGUGAAAUUGCUGAACGUUUACUUUGGAAUGGCCAUAAGCAUUGAAAAGGACUGAAAACUUAAAUGUGACUCUGUGGGGAAAACCAUUACUUUGUUACACAUGGAAACAUACUUAACUGUAUUAUGAGAAAUGCUGACUAAUACAUUAUAUAAUGAAAUUGACUCAUAUAAACUGUUCAUACAUUCAAUAUACAAAACUGUAUUCCGAAAAAAUUUAAAAACAACAAGUUACUGUCCUAGAUGGUCCUGAAAGGACCACUACUGAGAUUCAUUGCCUUUCCAUCAUAGCUCUAACAUGCUGUUGACAUCAUUCUUUGAACCAGUAAGCAUAGGGCACAGAUG